AUGGUCACAAACAGUGGGAAUGAGGGGUUAAUUACGCCUACGACCAGCAGUGAUUUAAAAGUCGGGCAUUGCUUUAUCGAGCUGAAUGGUUGGUACACGCGCCGCAGCUCGCACCUGGAGCGACCACUGUGGUUGAUGAUUGAGAGCGGCGAAGUUUAUAUCUACGCUGGCAGCAUCCCUGAUUUUGAAAAUGAGGACACUGCGCAGAUCUUGGAGGGACGCUUCAACUUCAUCUACGGAGACGCGCACGGCGUCACGUAUCUUUUGGACCCUCGCUAUCCUGAGCGUGGCAUGGACAAGAACACGCUGGCGCAAUUGGUGAAGUAUCUUGGCAUGAGUCGGGACACGUCGAGGGAGGCGAAGCUCAUGAAGGGCAAGAAGCGGGCGAUUCUCGAGUAUUGGCGCAGCGAAACGUCUCCGCCCAACAACUUCGUACACUCGCAGGCUUGUAACCGCGCCAGGGACCCGAUCGUCCAGAAUUUGGUCUUCACAUUUUUCAAAACGAAGAACUUCGACGACUAA